AUGGCUGGUGAUGAGAGUUUUGUAGUGUUGGUUCACCACAAAAGAUUGAUUAAGAGGAAAACACUAUCUGGUGUGAUGUUCACCAAUAAGGAUCCUCUAAGUAUUUUCCUAAGGCCUACGACGAGCUACGAUGACCUUGUUAAUUAUGUGCUACAGAAACUUGGUCUGCAGGGAGUGAAACGGGUUAAGAAGUUUUUCUAUCGCAUUUCAAUCUCCGUGCUGCAAGAAAUCGUGAAGUAUGAUUGUUUCACAAUCGGGAGUGACGAGGACUUGCAGGUCAUGUUUCAUUGUUGCCGGCAGUUUCUCGAAGUUAGGACACCUGAACUGUUGGCGAAGUUGGUUGACGUGGUAUCUAGCUCUGGGGGUUCGAACCAGAAUACCCCCACUGUAGGCACGGUAGCCGAUUCUAGCUCCAGACCUGUUGGUGCAUCUUCCUCCGUUCCUAUGUAUGAACCUCCGGUCCAGCCUGUCGCGUCCCCUUCAUUCGCUGUUGAUCUCAACUAUAGUGGAGGCGGCGAGGUUGGAGUAGGGGAUUUUGUGCCGACCUCUUUACAGUGUGCUGCACCGGUUGCUCUUGGAGAUGCAUUGUUGGAUGAUCCAAACGAUGAUGAUGUGGAGCCGGAUAUCAUUGCUGAUGAUAGCGGCAAUGAUAUUGGAGCGAGUGAGCCUGCUGGGACGGGACGUGGUUCUAGCUCUGGGACACAGCAGUACCCUUCGCACUUUUCACCGUUGGACUUGGAUGCCAUGAGGCAGGAGGGGGUUCUUAGGGAGCCUGCUGAAUUUGGUGCUAGAAAUGCCGAAGGGUCUGCAGGUCUGAUAGAGUUUCAGAUGUACAGCAUCCGACGCGGGGUUCAGUACAAGGUGGUGGAGUCUGACUAUCGCCGGGCUGAUGCAUCCGUCAGCAUCAAGGUGCUACUUAAUGCGACGGCCACAAACUUUGGGUUUAGGCCGACGUACAGGAGAGUGUCGUUGGCGAAGCAGAAGGCGGUUGGCCAUAUCUAUGGUAAUUGGAAUGAGUCGUACAACGAGCUCUCUAGGUGGGUGUUAGGAGUUCAGCUGAUGAUGCCUGGUACUGUUGCAAUCCUUAGGACCAGCCCUGUUCGAGUUAGGGGACAGCCAGGUCUGCUGGUUAUAUCAGACAGGCAUAACGGCAUCAAGGCCGCGCUUGAGGCUCCUGAUGGAGGAUGGCUACCUCCAGCUGCCUACCGUGCAUUCUGCAUUCGACAUGUGGCAGCAAAUUUCGCCCUGACCUUCAAGGGAAAGGACGCAAGGAGGCUUCUUGUGAAUGCAGUGUAUGCUAAGACGGAGGUGGAGUUCGAUUACUGGUUUGAUAUUCUGCGGUCUGAAGACCCUGUCAUGUGUGAGUGGGCGAACCAGAUAGAGUAUUCAUUGUGGACACAGCAUCGGGAUGAAGGUCGGAGAUUCGUGCACAUGACGACAAAUAUCUCCGAGUGUGUUGAUUCAAUCAUGAAGGGGGUCAGGAAUCUCCCUGUUUGCUCACUGGUGAAGUAA